CAAUAACGAACGGAACAAUCGCUGCAAUUCUGUUUAUGAUACCGGGAGCGAAGUUGUUACAGCUGAUAGUCAGCUUGUUUACAUUUCAUUAUAUAUUUGUAAGGUUAUUUGGCGACCGAAAUUCAGUUUUCAAUCUGUUGCAGUUGCAGCCAGAGCCUUUGCUUCCGAGUGUCGUUGAUUAUGGUGUAGACGGAGCCCUUUUCUCUGAGACAGCAGCGACGGUUCCAGUUGCAUGAAGGAGUCACCAGGUCAUGUGGUUGAAGAGCCAUUGUUGUUAUCAGCAACUUCGAUGCUGCAGUGACUUUUGGGAUAAUGAGGCGGGUCCCGGAGGUGCUGGACGAAUGGUGUCCUAAUUCCACUGAGCCAGCAGGGGACAAAAGGGAGAGAGCGCGGGGCAGCCAUGCUGACGUUGGCCAGUAAGCUGAAGAGGGACGAGGGGGUGAAGACUGGCCGGCCCCCUGGGGGCCCCUCCGACUCCUCUCACAGGGUCUCUAUCAGGGACCGACUGCUCAUCAAAGAAGUUGCAGAACUUGAAGCCAACCUCCCUAGUACGUGUAAAGCCAGCUUCCCUGAUGAGAACAAGCUACACCACUUUCAGCUUGCUGUCUCUCCAGAUGAAGGCUACUACCAGAGUGGAACGUUCCAUUUUGAAAUAGACAUCCCUGAAGCCUACAACAUGGUGCCUCCCAAAGUGAAAUGCCAGACCAGAAUAUGGCACCCCAACAUCGCUGAGACGGGGGAGAUCUGUUUGAGUUUGUUGCGGGAGCACUCUAUUGACGGCACGGGCUGGGCCCCUACCAGAACGUUAAAGGAUGUAGUCUGGGGAUUGAACUCCUUGUUUACCGAUCUACUUAACUUUGAUGACCCAUUGAACAUUGACGCGGCCGAGCAUCAUCUGCGUGAUAAGGAGGAUUUCCGGAAUAAGGUUCAGGAUUACAUCAAGCACUACGCCAGGUGAUGACUGCAUCAGCUGCGCCAGCUGCCUGCACCCCCCUCCCCUCCCCCGUCUGUGACUGCGCAGCUGAAUCCCGUCCCUAAUGUCUCAUCAACCAACUAACCGCUGCGCACCGCUGACACGCCCCGACUGCAAUAAGACGUCGCUGGAAGAAGAAAAGAUUAAACACGUUUUUUUUAAGUUUGAGGAGGGACUUGUUUAUUGUCCUGAGUGGACCAGAGUAAUCAUCUGUCACAACAGGGAUCGUCCAAUGACUGGGCUUCUCGUUGUGUCUGAGCCAAUCAGAGUGGGCGCCGGAGGCAGUGAGGACCCGGGAUUUAAACAAUCCAGUUAUCUGUUAUUUAAGAAUCUGCGAAUCAAAGAGAAAGAUGAUCUGUUAGUUUUUCUCAGUUCUAGUGCCUGCCAUGUUUGUGUUGCAAAGAAAAUGCACGCGAGCGCACACGCACACACAGAAUCCCUUCACGCACAUUGAGAAACAAACAUACUCAACUAGCUACUCACAACACACAGCACUUGGCUGUGCAUGCAAACACACAGCUGGAAAAACGACAUAUCUGUUAUGUCACUCGUUCCUGCCCACCCCCAACUCACCAGACAGCAUGUGAAUGACAAGUGCCACCAACCCAGUCCCCAUUCUAGUCAUUCCCCAUUUGACCCAGUCAGUCCCUAUUCCAGUCAGUCCCCAUAUUGUCCAUUUCACUCUGGAUAUAUCUGAAAAGGAACCCUAAUAAUCCCAAUAAUCCCAACCCUAUAGGCCCUGGUCUAAAGUAGUGAGUGCAUUAUAUAGGGCAGGGUUAUUCAACUCUGACCCUACGUGGGCCGAAGCCUGCUGGUUUUCUGCUCUACCUUAUCAUUAAUUUUAUCCACCUGGCGUCCCAGGUCUAGAAUGGAGAAAGAGCAGUGGAGCUGGUUUGAAGGUCCAGAGUUCAAUACAAGGGACAUGGGGAAUAGGGAACCAUUUUAGACUCACCUCAGACACGCCCACUUCCUGUCUGUUCUGUUCACUCAUCCAGAGGGGAAACACUAUGUACCGGUGCCCGAGACGCACUGUAACACUGUCUAGAUGAAGCUUCUAGGAAAAGUUGUACAACCACACUUGACCCUUGACCUUAGCUAACCCCUGGGGAAGCCAAACAGAGGACAUUCUGCCUCUGAAAGUCUCUCUUUUUCUCGCGCUUUCUUGCUCCAUCCCUAUCCUGCUGUUUUUUCAUCCCUCUAUCCUGCUGCUUUUCAUCCCUCUAUCCUGCUGCUUUUCAUCCCUCUAUCCUGCUGCUUUUCAUCCCUCUAUCCUGCUGCUUUUCAUCCCUCUAUCCUGCUGUUUUUCAUCCCUCUAUCCUGCUGUUUUUCAUCCCUCUAUCCUGCUGUUUUUCAUCCCUCUAUCCUACUGCUUUUCAUCCCUCUAUCCUGCUGUUUUUCAUCCCUCUAUCCUGCUGUUUUUCAUCCCUCUAUCCUGCUGUUUUUCAUCCCUCUAUCCUGCUGCUUUUCAUCCCUCUAUCCUGCUGUUUUUCAUCCCUCUAUCCUGCUGCUUUUCCCUCCACACCUCUUAGGCCCCACCCACCUCGUGUUCUCCUCUGUCCCCAUGAAGGUAGGGGAAUACCAGGGCGCUCUCCCUCUCCUAGGUUGUGUAUGAGUCCUCUGAUUAGUUGUCUAAGGGAGGGCCUGUGGUCUCGCUCUCUUCUAUGUCCUUGUGUGUCUGUCUGUCAGUGUGUGUGUUUGAGAGGUGUGUGUGUGUGUGUUUGAGAGGUGUGUGUGUGUGUG